AGACUAGCAGUCUGUGCUAAAUAAGUUCACAUGGAUAUCGUGUUGUUUUGACAAUAAUGGAACAAAACAAACAAUCAUAAGAACUUUCAUGAAUAAUUAUUAACUUGAUAACAAUACAUUUUUCUUCAUUCCCAUAAUAAGGUGUCUUCAAUACAAGGUUUUUAUUGUGAAUUUUUUCGCCCGAAUUUAAUUCUUUUUAUCCAAAAUUUCAUAUUCGUUGAAAGCAGAAAAAUCGUUUCUCUUCAUAUUAGAAAGCAAAUUAAUAAUUAUGAUUAUUUUAAAUCCUUUUGUAUAUUGGGCUCAAAAUGUUAAAAACAUUUUUCUGAAAGUGGAAUUGAAUAAUGCUCAGGAUGUAUCUGUUGAUAUCAAACAGAAAUCAUUGGAAUUUUCUUGCCAGGGUAAUGGAGCCCAUGGCAACAAUAAAUAUCAUUUCCACUUGAAUUUUUAUGAUGAAUUAAACACAAAUGAGUGUAAAUAUAAAGUAACAGAAAAAAAUAUUACAUUUGUUAUUAUGAAACAUAAAAAUGAGUGGUGGCCACGUUUAAUAUCUCAACCUCAAAAGCCGCAAUGGCUUAAAAUCGAUUUUGAUCGUUGGCAAUCACCAGAUGAUAUGAGUGAAAAUGAACAAGUAGGUGAUAUAUUUAAAAAUCAUCCAGAUAUUUUCGAUAGACUUCAAAAAGAAGAAUUGGGAUACACUAAAGAAGAUGCACGGAAAGUUUAUUUGACAUGUUACAAUUUCCUAAUGUACCUUGGAUUCCUUUACAUAUGGGUGGUACUGAUGAUGAAAUUUUUGAAGGAUGGCGGUGAUUUCUUUCCCAGGGCAUAUGAGCAUGUCGGUACAGCUUUCUACAUUAUGCAAGCAGCUCAAUGCAUAGAAGUCAUUCAUCCAAUACUGGGUAUUAUGAAAGGAGGUGCCCUGAUGCCCUUUUUCCAGAUUGCUGGAAGAGCCUUCGUUUUGUUUCUGAUGAUUGGGAAAGAACCUAAAGUCCAGAGUGAGCCAGUUCUUUUCGUUCUGUUUCUCGCAUGGUCAUCUAUUGAAAUAAUCAGGUAUCCUUACUACAUCAGUCAACUGUACAAAAAAGAAAAUAAAAUCAUUACAUGGUUGAGAUAUAGUGCUUGGAUAGUACUCUAUCCCGUUGGAAUGAUUUCUGAAGCCAUAAUCAAUUACAAAAACUUGGCACUUAUCCACGAAACUCAAAAGUGGUCAAUUGCAAUGCCUAAUCCCUUAAAUUUCACAUUUAGUUUCGAAUACUUCCUAAGAUGUUAUCUUUUCAUUCUAACCGUACCUACCUCAAUUGUCUUAAUAUUACAUAUGCAUCGACAACGGAAACAAAAACUUGGAGGGGGAAAAUUGAAAGGGAAAUAACAAUUUAAGAAUGUUAUCGAAUUUUGAAUUUUGAUACUAAGACUAAGAAUUUAGCUAAGACAUCUCAAUAAUUAUAAUUAGAAAAAUUAAUACUAGACGUUAUUUCUUAUACUUGAAUUAUAAUUCCAGAAAAUACUCUUCAUUAAUGAGGUUUUCAAUUUCCGUGGAUCUAGUUAAUUUUAGUUGUUAAGAUUUCAUUUCCUCAGAAGAAUUGCUCAUUGAAUUUGAGGUUGUACUCAUUUUUCACUGAUUCUAUGUUUAUACAUUUUAUUUGACGAACAGAAUAAAUUGUUGAUUUUA